AUGCGUGAAAUUGUCCAUUUGCAAGCCGGUCAGUGCGGGAACCAGAUCGGAGCUAAGUUUUGGGAGGUGAUCAGUGAUGAGCAUGGCAUUGAUCCCACUGGCACUUACCACGGGGACAGUGAUCUGCAGCUAGACAGGAUCAGCGUUUACUACAAUGAGGCCACAGGUAGUUCAGGUGGAAAAUAUGUGCCCCGAGCCAUCCUGGUGGACCUGGAGCCAGGUACCAUGGAUUCAGUCAGAUCUGGUCCCUUCGGGCAGAUCUUUAGACCCGACAACUUUGUGUUUGGCCAGAGUGGAGCUGGAAACAACUGGGCAAAGGGUCACUACACUGAGGGAGCCGAGCUGGUGGACUCCGUCCUGGACGUAGUGAGGAAAGAGGCUGAGAGCUGCGAUUGCCUGCAGGGCUUCCAGCUCACUCACUCCCUGGGUGGUGGUACUGGCUCUGGUAUGGGCACCCUGCUCAUCAGCAAAAUCCGUGAGGAGUACCCCGACCGCAUCAUGAACACCUUCAGCGUGGUGCCUUCCCCCAAGGUGUCCGACACAGUUGUUGAGCCCUACAACGCCACCCUCUCUGUCCACCAGCUGGUAGAAAACACAGAUGAAACCUACUGCAUUGACAAUGAAGCUCUCUAUGAUAUCUGCUUCCGCACACUCAAACUCACCACCCCCACUUACGGAGAUCUCAACCAUUUAGUGUCCGCCACCAUGAGCGGGGUGACCACCUGUCUGCGUUUCCCCGGCCAGCUCAAUGCUGAUCUCCGUAAACUUGCUGUCAACAUGGUGCCCUUCCCACGUCUGCACUUCUUCAUGCCAGGCUUCGCCCCCCUCACCAGCAGGGGCAGCCAGCAGUACCGUGCCCUGUCUGUGCCUGAGCUCACCCAACAGAUGUUUGACUCCAAGAACAUGAUGGCUGCCUGCGACCCACGUCAUGGCCGCUACCUCACCGUUGCCGCAGUGUUCAGGGGCCGCAUGUCCAUGAAGGAGGUGGACGAGCAGAUGUUGAAUGUGCAGAACAAGAACAGCAGCUACUUUGUCGAAUGGAUCCCCAACAAUGUGAAGACCGCCGUCUGUGACAUCCCACCCCGUGGCCUCAAAAUGGCUGCUACUUUCAUCGGCAAUAGCACAGCCAUCCAGGAGCUGUUCAAGCGCAUCUCCGAGCAGUUCACGGCCAUGUUCCGCCGUAAGGCUUUCCUCCACUGGUACACUGGUGAGGGCAUGGAUGAGAUGGAGUUCACCGAGGCCGAGAGUAACAUGAACGACCUGGUGUCCGAGUACCAGCAGUACCAGGACGCCACUGCUGAGGAGGGUGAAUUUGAGGAAGAGGGAGAGGACGAAGUCGCCUAA